AUGGAGGAAGUGAGGACUGAGAUGAUAAGUGCAAUUACAGAAGUUAUUCAUUUGCUACGUUCACAAACACAGAACCAAGAUCUUGAGUUGUGCGUGACAAGAUUGGAGGUCCUUACCGAAAAUGCGUUGACUUAUGAGGAUAUAUCACUCGACGUUGUUGAUUUGCUGAACCAGGCGUUAAACGUUGUGAAAAGAACGAUUGGAAUAGAAAGAGGUUACGAUCCGUAUGCAGCAUCGUUAGUUCACGAUGAAGGGAGACCAGGAAGACCAAAAUUUGAAAUUAACGAGGAUCAACUGAUGUUUUUCAAAGGUAAAAUUAUGUCAUUGGUUAACUUUUAGUCAAUAGCCAUGAUUCCGACAUUCCAUCUGUAAAUUAAAUGCCUGUUUUGGGAUGCUCAAUUUUGACUAGAUAUUACCCAAGUUUUUUUUUAAUUGAACCCAUUGAGUGGGAGCACUCUCCCCCUGACGAGUAAAAUCACCUGGUGUUAGACAGAGUAAAAUAAUAAAGUAGGGCGCAUCCGGGCGCAUUGUCACUUAAAGGGUUAAUAGAAUUUGGCUAAGUCAGAUACACCAGUAUAGGCAGUACCAAAAAAUAUUUGAGGAUGUUACAAUCCGUUCAACAAAUGCGAACGUUGGAGUCUUUAGCUUGGUUCUCUGUUCUUUACAAUUAUCGUGGAAAUGAUCAUUAAUAUAUUUUAUACCAAUUUAUUUGCUCACAAGAGCUGAUUGAUAAUUCAUUCGAGACAUUUCAACAAAUUAACUGCUAUUUCCUGUAUUUGAUCAUUUUUGGUAACAUCAGGCUGCCCAUAUUUCUGAUUGGCUAAUUGCAUGAAAUAAAAUCAAUCAAAGCUGGGCUGCCGCGAAAAGUUCUAGCUACCGCUAUACAAUUAUACUGUCAAUUCUUCCGGAUUUUAUCAUAGAAAAUAGGUUUACGCAACAAGACAUGGCCCUUAUGCUGGGUGUUAGUAAACGAACAGUGGAGAAUCGCAUGGCCGAGUUUGAUUUAACUAAUCAAAACAGGUUUAGUGAUAUUGAUGACAGUUCUCUGGAUGCUUACACAGAACGCGUCAUUGGGCUUUUCCCAAGAUCAGGUAUUUAUUGAUAUUAGAGUGAGAAAGAGCUUGUUGGCAAGUAAAUUUGUAACCGUGCACGCCAUCUAGCUCAAAACAAUUUGACUUGAGUUUAGUGAAUAAUCGAAUUAAGUGAUUGAAAUUUAGAAUACAACCUUAGUUUCUUGUGUAAGCUUGUAAAAAUAUAAUAAAAAUAUAAAAAGUAAUACAAAAAAUAUAAUAUAAUAAAGGGCAGUUGACUGAAAAUUGGGAACUAUAUAUGUUAUGUUUACUUUAGGAUUGAAAACGAUAGAAGGACAAUUGGUUUCACAAGGAAUUCGUGUCCAAAGAAGAAGGCUAAGAGAGUCAGUGAAGCGAGUAGAUCCUGUGGGAAGGAGGCUAAGGAGAAUAUGUGCGAUAAGAAGGCGUGUUUAUUCAGUCCACUCACCAUUGUCAUUAUGGCACAUGGAUGGAAAUCAUAA